AUGUCAGAAGCAGAUAUUAAACUUUUCCAGUCCAUUGGACUAGACGACAAACGUUCAAAGGAUACUAUCAAGAACAAGGAACUCACUGAUCUACUCAAGUCCUUGAUCACUGCCGCUGGUGUUCAGGGUGGAGCAGACAAGACUGUUGGAAACCUCCUUUACAAUCUUGCCACCAGUGCUCAGGCUCAGUCACCACUUUGUGCUGAUGUUGCCAGGUACAUUGGAGAUGGUCGCAUCAAGUCGCAGCCACAGUUCCAAGCGAUGAUCGCCCACCUCAAGGAGGCUGGUGCCACACCUUUCAACGCUUCAAAGUUGGAGGUUGACUGCGGUGUUGGUGUUACCGUCACUAUUGAUCAAAUCAACCAAGCCAUCGACACUUUGUUCCAGCAGAAGCAAACUGAGUUGACAGAGAAGAAGUGGGGAGUGCCAAUUGGUGAUCUCUUAAACCCUCUGAAGGAUACAUUGAAGUGGGCUGAUCUCAAGUCGGUCAAGGACCAGUUGGACAAAAAGAUGUUGGCACUACUUGGACCAAAGCCUCAAGAGGCACCAAAGGAGAAGAAGGAGAAACCAGUGUCAACAGCAAAGGUCGAGGAGUCGAUGGCCAAAAUCACCUUGACAGAGGACAAGGCUUUGCCACCUGCCAAGGUGCUCAAGAUCAGGGGCUGCUCCCCAGCCAUCGCUGGUAGUCGUGUCUGCAUCAAGGGAUGGAUCCACCACAUCCGUGCCCAAAAGAAGAUUGCUUUCAUGGAGCUUCGUGAUGGAACUGGAUUCCUUCAGUGUGUUCUCGCAGAGAACUUGAUCCAUCCAUCCAUCGUCGAUGAUCUCAAGAGAGAGGCAACUGUUGCACUGUAUGGCAAGCUCACCGUCCCACCCCCUGACAAGCAUUGUCCAAAUGGAGUGGAGCUUCAGGUGGACUAUUGGCAAUUGAUUGGACCAUCCAAUGUCGAUUUGGAGGGUAUCAUUAACACUGAAUCCAACGUAGAUCAAAUGUUGGACCAACGUCAUAUCGUUCUCAGAGGAACGAGAGCCAGUUCAAUUAUGAAGUUGAGAUCGAUUGCAAUGAAGGCAUUCCGUGAUCAUUACUUUGACAAUGGAUACUAUGAGAUCUCUCCACCAACCCUUGUCAACACCUUCUGUGAGGGUGGUUCAGAGUUGUUCACUCUUGAUUACUAUGGCCAACCAGCAUACUUGACACAGUCGUCCCAAUUAUAUUUGGAGACAGUGAUCCCAGUUGUUGGAGACUCCUACUGUAUGGCUCAAUCCUACCGUGCAGAGAAGAGCAAGACUCGUCGUCAUUUGUCAGAGUUUACACAUUUGGAAGCAGAGUGUCCAUUCAUCACCUACGACGACCUGUUGAACCGCAUCGAGUUCCUGGUGUGUGAUGUCGCCGAGAGAAUCUUCAAGAUCGACAGCGAGCUGUUGCUCUCGGUCAACGCCAACGCCAAGGUUCCACAGCGUCCAUUCAAGCGUAUGGACUAUGUCGAGGGUAUCAAGUACUGCCGUGAGCACAACAUCUACAAGGAUGAGGCCACCAAAACCAACUUUGAGUUUGGUGAUGAUAUCCCAGAGGCUGCAGAGCGUAAGAUGAACGACCAGAUCGGUGUUCCAAUCCUUUUCUGCAGAUUCCCUGCCGAGAUGAAGGCUUUCUAUAUGGCCCGUUGCCCAGAGGACAGAACAUUGACUGAGUCCGUCGACCUGUUGAUGCCAGGUGUUGGCGAGAUUGUGGGAGGCAGCAUGCGUAUUGCCGACUACCAGGAGCUUAUGGAUGCCUACAAACGUGAAGGUUUGGACCCAUCCCAGUAUUACUGGUUCACCGACCAACGCAAGUACGGAACCACUCCACACGGAGGAUACGGUCUCGGUGUUGAGCGUUUCUUGACCUGGUUCUUGGGCGAGGAGCAUAUUCGUAACGUCUGUCUCUACCCACGUUACACUGAGAGAUGUCAGCCAUAA